AUGGCAAGCCCAAAGUCGGCCUCUUCGCGACCUGAAGAUGGCGUGCGCCGCAGCGCACGCGAAACGCCGCGCGAGACAGCGUCGCCGCCACAGAGAGACCUACUCACCAAGGACGAACACCCCCACGCAUCAGGCUCGUCUUGUCACCGCAAUGAGAAGGUCUCGCCGCCACAGCCCUCCUCAUCGGCCUCCGCGCCGGAGGCGGAUGCAGAAGAUGCUUUGUCUGUAUCGUCCGUCGCUUCUGAGGAAUCGACGGGUAUUGGUGAGGCUCUCGAGGAUGCAGUCCGACUGGGCUGGAGACCUCCGCGGCCGCCCCCCGCUCGAGACCCCUGCUCGCCUCAGCUGUCAGGGCUUCGUCCUCUCCGCCCUACUCGGCUGUCUGCGACGAACUCCCGUGCCUCUCCCGGCUUAGGAAAGGAUCUCCCUGCCUGCCGCGCCCGCGCCGCCCCUGGUAGCGAUGCCGCCAUUGGGAAAAUGGACUCCGAGUCACCUGCGCUUGACAUCGAUGCGUCCUGCGGCUUCUCGCUUUUUGACCGUAGUCAGCAACUCAUGGAGGCCGCGGCGUCUCUAGAGGCGUCGCUCGAAGCGGAACCCCUCUUGGUUUGCCGAAUAAAUCAGCUCGGCGUCGCCAAGGCCAUCGCAAGAGUUUACCCUGAGGCUCAGUGGCGCGGCGAAGUGCCACUGCUCACCUGCCUACUCAGCCGCGCCUACGCACGCGCUGGUUAUGAGGCGCAAGCCCGCUACCACGUCGAGAACGCGGCGGCGCUGCUGGACGCGAUCGGCCUCGACGACCCUCAGACUGCAUGCGUCGGCAUUUUUCAGCAAGGCGCAGCCAGCGUCAGCAGCAGCGCGCGUGCUCGCCGAACACUUUACUACCAGCUGAGCGACGGGCACGAGUGCCCACAGAAGAACGCCGCAUCGAACUUUUUAGCCGAUCACACAAAACUGGCUGCUCCAGUGCCUCAUCUCCCUACCACUGGACGCGAUGAGCUUGCGGACGAUCUGCUGCUAAUGGAGUUCUUCUUCUCCCUCGCCGAGACUUUGCUUGCCUCGCACGCGUUCACGAAAGCUAUUGGUGGUUUCUUCAAGGCAAUCGAAUACACGAAUAGGGCGCUGGAGCGAGCGAACCCCCCAGCUGACGGCGAGCCAGCGAGCGUCCCGCUCACUCCCGGCGACUGCAUGCCGCGCGCCACCGAACCACCCGAAGUUCUGCUGGCGGUACAAAAGCUCGAACUGCGGAGAGCCGAGCUCCUGAUGGGAGUGGUGGAGGCGUCGCUACGCGUUAAGGAGAUCGAGGCCAUUCGCCAGGGGAACGAGGCCGUCGAAAUCGUUUCGAGACUCUGCGGGGGUCCGCGAGACGUGCGAACCCUCCAGGCGCGGUAUUUGACAGCGAAGAUGCUUCACCACGCCUGCCGGAUUAGUGAAGCCUUUGAAGAGAUCAAGGAUAUUAUUCGAAGCUGUACGCUUGUGGAGGGAGAGUCGCUUCCCCCGCAGCCCCCAUCGGGCGACGCAUUUCCUUCUCGGUCUUCCUUGUCUGGCGCGGAAGAGCCUGACAGCCGUUUGCCGAGGCCGCGGAGCCGCGAAAGCGCUGAGACGCCCGAAGCCCUGGAAAGCGCCAGUUGCCCUCGCUACCCCGCUUUUACCGUCUGUUUGCAGCAGCGCGUUGAGCUGUUGCUGAACGCGACGCUCACGGCUGUCGAGUGGAUCCCGAGCUUGCCAAAAGAGAGUCAGGCGGACGCGCUCAAGUUCUGCGCCUCGAUCUUCUAUACCAUGGCUCUUCAGUCCAUUGUGAAUCUGCAGGAACGCGAACGCGAGGAGACCCUCAGCCGGCAACUGGGAAAGGCGCUGGCGGGCAGCGGAGACUCAGCGAGCAGCGAAAGUUCAUCGGACGACGAGGACAAUCUAGCAGCCCCUGCGUCAGGCGGCGCCGACCCGCCGAGGCGCGCGCUCUUUUGUGAAAACCUUGUGUCACUCGGAAGGAAACUACUGUCUGUUAUGGGAACUCUCUCGAUGGAGGAGGACUACACUCGCGCCAUGGAUCUCCUCUUGGACUACAGCCACCUGAAAUUCGGCGCGGAUUCCGCGCAGUACCUCUCUCUGCUCCUUCAACGAAGCGAAUUCGAGGCUGCCCACAGGGACGCCCGCACUGCACUCCUUACCGCCCAAAGCGUCGUCGACACCAUGUGCAGCCGGGGAUUCUUCCUAACCCCCAGUGAAAAAGACAUCCUGCAGCGGGCGCAGACGCUCGCGGAGGCCCUCGCGAAGGCAACAAAGCGGGCAGACCGGGGACGACUCCCGUCGCGGGGCGGAUGGGACCCCGAGACGGGGGGGACGUGA